AUGCUUUCCGCAUCUCUUUACAUCAAUGAAAUAUCAGAAGAUAGCUACAGAGGAACAUUAGGCUGUUUAUUGGGAUUACAAAUACCAUUAGGACUUCUUUAUGGUUUUGUUUGUGGAGCAUUGUUCAAUGUUAGAGUUUUCACUUUACUUUGCGCAGCACCCGCUGUUAUCCAUCUGAUAUUGUCGCCUUUCAUACCAGAGUCACCUGUUUAUUUGAUAACAAAUCAUAAACGGAUUGAAGCGGUUGCUGCGCUGAAAAAAUUGGGACGUACUUUAGAUAAAUCGGUUACUGAUAUGGAAGACGAAAUUGUAAAAGCCACUACCUCCCCAAACCAGAAAUGUUUUUUCGAAAUUUUUAAGAACAGUAACACGAGAAAGGCAUUCUUUUUAGCAUCACAAAUGUUUGUUAUCGAACAAUUUUCUGGUAUAUCUAUCAUUUUAGCUUACGUUGUAACUAUUAUAGACAAUUCCCAGUCAACUUUGACAGGCAAUACAGUAAGUAUAAUAAUAGGUUUAGUAAAAGUAGCUACAUAUUUGAUAUCACUUUAUCUAAUAGAUAGAAUAGGAAGAAGAAAACUAAUACUUACUUCUUCUUUUCUAUGUAUCUUUCCCAUAUUUUUCAUGGGAGUUUAUUCUUAUCUCUCACAUAUCAAAUCACAUGCAUUUGAUAAUCUUGGAUGGCUACUAGUAACAUUUGUCAUAUUUUACGUAAUGGCUUAUUCAAUAGGAUUGGGAACAGUACCAAUGACAUUUGCUGGCGAAGUUUUUCCUGAUGAUUUUAGAGCUACCGGGGUAGCUCUUGUUUUAGGUAUAGAUCAAAUUUUAGCUUGCGCUAUAUCUUUUUCUUACCCCAAUUUAGCUGAAUUGUGGGGAUCUCAUUGGUGUUUUUGGGUCUGUAGUUUUGUAACUACAAUUGGUUUUAUAAAUAUGUUUUUUACUGUGCCCGAAACUAAAGGUAAAUCUUUUGCGGAAAUACAAAAAAUGUUAUCAAAGUAA